GUCAUCGGCGAUUUGACUAGGGUUUUUCGCAAGUGGAAAAGCUCGGAGCUUUGUUUUCCUCCCUCGCCGGAGAACAUUAUCUCCAGGAGAAAGGAACCUCCUUUUUAAUCCGAUAUCCAUACCCAUCAUCUCUUCCUUCAAUUUUCCGAAACAAUGGGAAGAGGGAAGUUCAAGGGGAAGCCCACCGGUCAACGCCGUUUCUCUACUCCAGAAGAGAUGAUUGCUGGCACCUCUUCCCGUCCUCGUACUUUUAAGAGGGUAGAAGCUCAAUAUGAAGAGGAAGAAUCUGAAGAAGAAUCUGGGCAGGAAUCUGGAGAAGAAUCUGAUGAUGAUCAGGCUGAAAAGCGGAAGGGAACGCAAGGUCUUAUUGAGAUAGAGAAUCCCAAUCUGGCAAAGCAGAAGAACUUAAAAGCUAAAGAUGUUGAUACUGAGAAAUCUACUGAACUUUCAAGGCGUGAGAGGGAGGAAUUAGAGAAGCAAAGAGCCCAUGAACGAUAUAUGAGGCUCCAAGAGCAAGGGAAAACCGAACAAGCAAGGAAAGAUUUGGAACGCUUGGCUCUUAUACGUCAACAGAGGGAAGAAGCUGCUAAAAAGCGAGAAGAAGAAAAAGCUGCCAAGGAGCUGAAGAAGGCUGAAGCUCGCAAGUAAUAUCUGCGCCAAGUGUGCCAUAGUACCAUGUGAAGCAAGUGCUUUCCUUAGUACUGGAAGAAAUACAUGCUCUCUCCAAUUUGUUAAGUAGAUGCUUUUAUCCAAAGAUUACAUCAUGUGUUGGUAAUUGUGAUUUGUCCAAGCAAAAACAAUUAUCUUAUUUUAUUUUAUUUUUGGCUCCAUGAAGCCUAAUUUGACCAGCUUGUUGUGUCUCUGGGAAGUGCAACAGAUGAUUUCCUCCUGUCAAGUAGACUAGAUUUGUAUUUCUCUAUGGAUAGUUGUAAAAUAAUUGGUUUACCAAGAAAUCAUUAUUGUUAUU